AUGCGUUCUUUCAUUACUACCUUGGCCCUGGGCCUUCAUGUUGUUACUUCCUCUGCUCUGAAGACGCGUACAGUCUAUCAAUUCGCUUCCAACGAUACUUGGCUGGAGAAUUUAGCCACGCGAUCCAAUGGUGUCAUCCUAGCCACUGAGAUUGGUCCUCCAGCUAAUCUUCUGGCUUUCGAUCCCCAAGAAACACCCGUUCAAAAGAAGGUGAUCCAGGAUUUUACCUCAAUCCUGGGUCUUGAUGGCAUCACUGAAGGUCCUCAUGACGUUUUCUACGUUGCCGGGUCCAACACCACCUCCGACAAUAUCAGCGACCCACCGACAAACGCGACUCACGUUUGGGAGGUCGAUUUCAACACAGACUCCGGCAAUCCAAAAAUCAAGCUAUUGUGCCGACCCAUGGCACCGACCGGAUUCAAUGGGUUGACCACCUUUAAUGAAACAAUCCUACUUGCCAGUGCCUCCUACCAAGAUGCUAUCUUUGCCAUCGAUACCCAGACCGGGCGCACAUGGGAGGCGAUUAAGCAGGAGAGUCUUAUGUCAAUGAUCAACGGCAUUAAGGUCUCGGACGGGUUUGUUUACUGGACCGCUGGUGGUGCGCUGUACCGUGCGGAGCUGUAUUCUAAUGUCACUGCUGGCACAGGACAGCUGAUCUACCAGGGUAGCGAGUAUGAUGAUUUUGCCAUUUCCCCUAAUGGCUUCGCUCUCAACUCUACCUUUGGAUCCGAUUACACGUUCGCCUACCUUGCCACCGCCGGUGGAAACACCAUUGAUCAAGUCAUCUUCACACAGAAUGGAACUGCCGUCGGUGCUGAGACUAUUGCUGGCUCCGAGGACUCGACCGAAAUUGCCGAGCCUACUGGUGUGUUCUUCGGGAGAGGAGAUGACGAAUUGAACAAAAUCUAUAUGACUACCGGGGGUGCUAGCGCAGUCAAUGUUGAUGUGAAUGGUACUGAUGUCGCUGUGGGUGCGCAGCUCCUGGAAAUUCAGCUAUCUUAG